AUGACUGCUCUUUCGCUCCUUCGUCAAUUGUACUCGCUCGACACCCUCGACACUCGCUUCUCCGCAUCGCCUCGCGUCCCCCUCAAGAGCGAUGGCAUAGAGCCACGACCGCCCGGUCGCACCGAUAGCAAAGAGAGCGCGGAAGGUGCUACGCCUUCAAAAUGGAAUACACCAGAGUUCUACCUGUAUGGAGUGGUGUUUCUGGUGUGCGUACCGCAGAUGUACUGGGCCGUGGUUCAGGUGUCACAACCAACAUCACCGAACUACGAGAGAUUCGAGCCACUCCUUUCUCAGGGAUGGCUCUUUGGGCGCAAAGUGGACAACUCAGACGCGCAAUACUCAGGAUUCCGGGACAACAUACCAGCUCUGGCAAUUCUUGUCGUUGUCCAUCCGCUGCUGCGUAGGCUCUAUGAGCGCGUUGCUGGAUCUGGCUCUUACUCUCGAUUGAACGGAGCAGGAGCUGUGGACCAGAGCCAACAUCAAGCAGAGCACCGCCGCAAGCUACGGCUACGCUUUGAUCUCGUUUCGGCAAUUAUCUUCAUUGGCGCACUCUACGGGCUCUCAAGCUUGAAAAUUCUGUUCAUUUGUUUCCUGAACUUCAAGAUUGCGACCAGUGUACCGCGCCACUAUGUACCAACAGCUACCUGGAUAUUCAAUGUAUCAAUACUCUUCGCAAAUGAACUCACUCAAGGAUAUCCGUACGCCAAACUCGCAUCUCUUCUGGCUCCUUUCUCGGACCAAGCUGUGAAAUAUGGCCAAGUCAUGGAUUCUUAUGGUGGGCUCAUGCCUCGGUGGGAGGUUUUAUUCAAGAUCACGAUUCUUCGCCUUAUCUCCUUCAAUUCAGACUAUAGCUGGUCGCUCGACCGCAGCAGAUCGGGUAGCCCGGUUGAGUACAAAAAGAAACAACUCGACCCAGCCAAUUUGUCCGAACGAGACCGUAUCUCGAUCUCCGCACCAUCACAGUGCUUCACUUCACUGUCAUCUUACCUGGCAUACGCUCUCUACCCUCCGCUGUACAUCGCUGGACCCAUCUUGACAUUCAACGACUACAUCUCCCAAUGCGCAUACCCCGUCGCCAGCCUCACCACCAAGCGCACCGUUCUCUACGGCAUCCGCUUCCUGAUCAUUCUCUUCUGCAUGGAGUUCCUCCUACACACCAUCUACGUGGUCGCCAUUUCCAAGGCUUCUCCCGACUGGUCAGCUUACACGCCCUUCCAGCUCGCGAUGCUCUCAUACUUCAACUUGCAUAUCAUCUGGCUGAAACUCCUCAUUCCAUGGCGGUUCUUCCGACUCUGGGCUUUGAUCGACGGCAUCGAUCCGCCAGAGAACAUGGUCCGCUGUAUGUCGGACAACUACUCCACCCUUGCAUUCUGGCGCAGCUGGCAUCGAAGUUUCAACAAGUUUACGAUUCGAUACAUUUUCAUCCCUCUUGGCGGCAGCGGUCGUGGCAUCGGAAUCGCUCGAACGAUCUUCAACAUGGUUGUUGUCUUCAUGUUCGUUGCGCUUUGGCAUGACAUCAAUUUACGAUUACUUGCAUGGGGCUGGUUGAUCGUCCUGUUUGUGCUGCCGGAGAUGCUGCUCACCCUUGCGUUCCCGGCAUCGAAGUGGAAAGAUAGGCCGACGACGUAUCGGAUGCUCUGUGGUGUAGGAGCUGUCUGCAAUAUUUUCAUGAUGAUGACGGCCAACCUUGUGGGUUUUGCGGUUGGACUGGAUGGGUUGAAGGCGAUUAUCAAUGGGAUUGUUGGGAGCUGGGAAGGCAUUGCAUUCCUGGUGACAACCAUUUUCAUCCUCGCGGUUGGCGUGCAAGUGAUGUUCGAGCAUAGGGAGGAGGAGAGGAGGAAGGGGAUCAACAUGAAGUGCUGA